CCCUGAACUUGUACCCUUUAUCCGAUUUGACCCCUGAACUCAACGUGUCUCCUAUUUAACCUCUGUACUUGUAAAAUAAACCCAUUUGACCCCUGAAAUGGAGAAAAACGUUAACAUUAAACAUAUCGUCUCCACGUGGAUUGAACGAGUGAAUUCAAACACAAACUGGCGCGUCAUGUAUUAAAUGAAAGCUUAGGUGGACAAUAUUUAAUACACGUAAUAAAUUCCAACCCUCUUCUGCUUAAAUUUCCUUCUCUUCUGAAAACCCUAAUUUUAAUUUUAUCUGAAAUUGAAAUUUCAAUCCCUAACAUUUCUUCAAUCCCCAACUCUUUCUUCAAUCUGUAUUCUUUUUCCUUUAAAAGUUGAAACCCGUUUCGAGGUCAGAUGGAAGACAAUAGUUCGCUACCUAUGUGUAAUUGUGGGCAAAUUGCUAUCUUGAAGACGGCAUGGACGAAUGCAAAUCCAGGACGUCGGUUUCUUGGCUGUUCUCGUUAUGGGACAAUGGGAGCUUGCAACUACUUUGCCUGGUUUGAUGAUGAAACUUGUGAUCAUACAAGAGUUGUGAUUUUGGGACUUCUGAAAAAGCUAAGGAAAUAUGAACUUGAAGCAGACAAAGCAAGAGAGAAGAGAACAAGCAAAAAAAAAAUUGUUGCUGUAAUUAUCAUGGUUGUUGUUGCUUUCAUUUUAGGAACUUUAAUGUAAUUAUUAUGGUUGUUAUUGCUCAUUCAUAGAGCUUUUUUGUAAUCAGAAAAUUGCAAGAGUUAUGAAAAUUUCAACUUUCCCAA